AUGGCUACUAACAAGUGGAGUAUCAUCUUCCUCAUAGCAAUCGUAGCAGCUCUAGCUACUUCAGUUUCAGCCAAGGUGUUUAUUGUUGGUGACCACAAAGGUUGGACUCUCAACUUCGAUUAUCAAGCUUGGGCCAAUGGCAAGAAGUUCGUUGUUGGCGAUAAACUUGUUUUCCAAUAUGCCGCUGGAAAACACAAUGUCUUCCGAGUCAAUGGAACUGUCUUCCAACAGUGCAUGAUUCCUCCUGCUAUUGAAGCUUUGACCAGUGGAUACGAUGUGAUAACGCUAGCAACCCCAGGAAGAAAAUGGUACAUCUGUGGUGUUGGAAAGCACUGUGAGUUGGGUGGUAUGAAGCUUUUCAUCAAUGUUCUCCCUCAAUCAAUGCCUCCAGUUCCUUCGGUUUCUCCUCCUCCUUCRGGCAAGGUGUUUGUGGUUGGAGAUGAUAAAGGCUGGACCUUGAACUUUGAUUACCAAGCUUGGGCCACUGGAAAGGAAUUCGUUGUGGGAGACAGACUUGCCUUCAGAUAUCCAAUGGGAAAACAUAAUGUCUUCGGAGUAAAUGGAACUUCAUUUCAGCAAUGUACCAUCCCUUCUUCGAAUGAAGCUCGAACCAGUGGAUAUGACGUGAUCACCCUAGCGACCCCAGGAAGGAAAUGGUAUAUCUGCGGUGUCGGAAAGCAUUGUGAGAUGGGCAUGAAGCUUUUCAUCAACGUAGUCCCUCAAUCAGCAUAUGCAUAUCCACCUCCUCCAUACCAUAGAACAAGAAAGCUCGCACCACCAAAAUUCUAG